AUGAAAUACAUUGAAAACCAAUGUCACAUAUGCAGGGAAGUGUUUUGUUGUAUAAUUUGCCGGGACAAGCACGGAACUAAAGACCAUAACAUUUUCCCCGGUUGUGAUAUUUGUCUUCAAGGAAUCACGAACAUAUCGUCGAUUAAUACGGACGUGUUCUCUCACAUAAAACAGCGCCAUUGGCCGUUGCAUUGUGUAUUAUGCAAAAGACUGUUCGGUUCCACAGAUGAAAUAGCACUACACGUUAAAUGCCCGUUGGCAAAAACUUCCAAUACACUGGUAACUCCUUACAACUCCGCCGAAUCGGUGAAGCUCAACUUAGACGAAAUUUCGCCGCUGUACUUGUCGGAAAAGACCGGCAAAAUGUUCAACGAAUUGGCCACGAGCACUCCAUUGCAAAGCAAAGCCAACAACGAGCAGAAAGAAUGCGCAUCCCAGAAAAAAGUUAAGUUUUCUAUGCCUAGCCUCGAGGAAUCGGGCAAUGCAUCAACAGCUUUAGUAGGAGAAGUAAGCGUUUUUUCCACACCAGUCAAACACGCUAACUUAGACACCAACACUGACGACGAAGAAUCUACAAACGAAGCUAACACCAGCACCACAGAAAUCAACGAAAAAGAAAACGACGCUUGGUUAACAGCUGUAGAUAAACUACCAGACGCCGACAACAAACCCUCAAGAACCCCCAUAGUCUCGCUGAGAAUAAAGCAAAAAGAAUCGAUUAGAAUAAAAUUGGAAGGCCCUUUGUCAUCUACGCCGAACACCUUGGGGAUUCCCAUCCAAAACAUCGACCAGUUCCUGUUCAAUUCCGAAUCGCAAUCGCCUGUUGCGAACAUUCGCUUGUCCAGGUCGAGGAACUACACCUUUUCCAGGGCAGUCAAACGGACCGUUGAUACCGAUCAGGUGGAUCUGCAGAUAGUAAAGAGGUUCAAAUCGUCGGACAUUAAGUGCAGGAAGACCAUUAGGCCGAUGACGCCUUUAGCUAAGUACCUAGAAAGGGCGAGGAAGCCGAAAAAUUCGGUUACAACGAAGAAGGUUCUCGUUGAUAAGAGCACGCAAACUGACGAAUCGUUUUUUCGAAGGCAAAUUGAAUUUAUUAGAAAUUUGUUUUAA